AUGACGGUCUUCCUUGCUUCGCUCUUUCUACCGAAGACGGUUUAUUUCAAGCUGCCCGAUGCUCCAACGAAAUCUUCGUCCAAUGGCGGACGGCUUGCUCGACAACCUACCGCAAAAACAUUGAACACCAAGGCCACCGCCAAACCAGGCAAUGCGCGACCAGUUCUCGAUACCCGGCCGAGUCUAUUCGCGCCACACCCAGCCAACACUCCACCCCGCACGCCAACAGAUGAUGAAGCUGUCAUUUCCGACGACGGGCUAUUUGUGAACGAAGACGGUGUCCGUAUCCAUGUCUUGGACGAUGAGAACAGCACAAACUUUGGCCCAACCGACAAGGAAUCUCCUCAAUGGGGUGCCCGCCAGAACCAGCCCAAGUCGAGAGCCAGCUCCCCUCCGCCAGCGUCGUUGCUCGAGCACUCCCGGACCCUGCAGAAGGCCAAGGAGCUUGGUCGUCAGGGUGUCGUCCAGCCGCGCGCACAGAGAAGCGAUAGCCAUGAUAGAGUCUUCGCCAAUGCUAACUGGCGUAUCGUGACCUCGGAUCAGGGAAAUGGCGGUCUGCGCAAUGCCGCCGACGCUGCCUAUCGCGAUGGUUAUGAUGCUGACUACACCUGGGUCGGCACGCUAGGCAUGCCUGUGGAUGCCCUGGAGGCGACGCAGCAAAAGGAGGACAUCCACGACCGGUUGUUUGCCGAGUACAACAUGUUGACUGUCUUCCCGUCCGACAAGGACUUUGAUGGUCACUACACCCAUUUCUGCAAGCAAAUCCUCUGGCCAGUUUUCCACUAUCAAAUUCCCGACAACCCAAAAAGCAAGGCAUAUGAAGACCAUUCCUGGAAAUUCUAUGUCAACCUCAACCAGGCCUUUGCUGAUAAGAUCAUCAAGAACUGGAAGCGCGGCGAUACCGUCUGGGUUCAUGACUACCACUUGCUGUUGGUCCCAGGCAUGGUCCGUCAGAAGAUACCGGAUGCUAAGAUUGGUCUGUUCUUGCACGUUGCAUUCCCGUCAUCGGAGGUCUUUAGGUGCUUGGCUGUGCGCAAGGAGCUCCUUGAAGGCAUGCUGGGCGCCAAUCUCAUUGGCUUCCAAAUUCCCGAAUACACUCGCCACUUCUUGCAGACGUGCAGCCGGCUCCUGAAGAACGUCGAGGCAACUCCACAAGGUAUCCAGCUUGACGACCGCUUCGUCAAUGUCAUGAACCACGCUAUUGGUAUUGACCCAGUCAGUCUUAAUCUGCAUCGUCAAGAAGCCGAGGUUAAGAAGUGGAUCGAUGUCAUGAAGGACCGCUACAAGGACAAGAAGCUUAUAGUUGCUCGCGACAAGCUCGACCAUGUUCGAGGCGUUCGCCAGAAGCUGUUGUCCUACGAACUCUUCCUCAACAAGAACCCGCAAUGGAGAGACAAGGUUGUCCUCAUUCAAGUUGCCCUCUCCACGAGUGAGAAAACCGACCUUGAUGCAGCUGUCGGCGACAUCGUCACUCGGGUCAAUUCAGCUCAUGCCAAUCUGGCCUAUCAGCCAUUGGUCUAUCUCAAGCAGGACAUACCGUACUCCCAAUACCUGGCUCUUCUGACCAUCGCUGAUGCGGUCAUGAUUACAAGCCAGCGUGAAGGCAUGAACUUGACCUCGCACGAAUUCCUGGUAUGCCAAGACGGCAAGAUUGAUGAGAAGAAACAUGGCUCUUUGAUUUUAUCGGAAUUCACAGGCACCUCGUCGCUCUUCGGUGGGAACGAGCUUACAAUCAACCCCUGGAGCUACCGACAAUGCUCAGAAGCCAUCCAGAAGGCCUUGGAGAUGUCGGACGAAGAAAAGGCCACGCGAUGGGGCAAGCUUUAUAGUGCCGUGGAGCACCACACUGGUGGUCACUGGUUUACCGAGUUCCUCACGCAGCUCGAUCGCGUCUAUGACGACCAGAAUGAUCACGCCCAGACCUCUAUUCCUCGUCUUAAUUUGAUAAAGCUCGAUGCUGCUUUCACCCGCAGUCAGCGUCGCCUUUUCUUCCUGGAUCUCGAAGGCACAUUGAUCCCUAACAACCCGAUGAGUUCGAUGAUUCCCAUGAAUCCUCAGCGCACACUCUCUGUGCUCAAUGACUUGGUGGAAGACCCUCGUAACAUGGUUUACGUCAUGUCGGCGAAGCGACCACAGGAGAUGGACCGCCUCUUCCGCCUGGUACCCAAUCUUGGUCUCGUUGCUGAGAACGGCUGUUUCGUCAAGAAUGCUGGUGCCAACUACUGGGCCGAGUUGGCCGAUCGUAAUGCGGUUGCCGCCUGGAAAGAAUCCGUAAAAUCCAUUUUGAACUACUACUUGGAACGCACACCUGGCGCGGUGAUCGAAGAACGGCACUGUUCACUCAUCUUCCACUACAAGGAUGCCGAUGACUUUGCCAUGGCAGAGCGCCAAGCCAGCGAUUGGACUGGUCACAUCAAUGAGUCCUGCGACGAACAACGGGUUCAUGCUACACAACUUGAAAACUCCGUGGUUGUUGAGUCCAUUGACUGGGACAAGCACACUGCUGCGGUAGAGGUCUAUAAAGAACACAUUGAGAACGCGCCGUAUGCCGACAAGGCUGGUCCUAUUGACUUCCUAAUGGUCAUUGGUGAUGGUCGCGAGGAUGAAAAGGUUUUCAAGUGGGCCAACGAACUAGGCCAACAAAAGGCUGUGGAAAAGGUUGUCACGGUAGGCUUAAGCAGUCGCAACACCGAGGCAACUGCUACAUUGACUCAAGGUGUUACUGGCGUCCUUGUCACUUUGCAGAAGCUGGCUAGUCAUUCCUAG